AUGGAUGGGAUCAACAUGAACCAUACUUUUGCUGGAACCAGAGGAAGUUUAUUUUUAGAUCAUGAUCUUACGGUAUCGUCAUUUGGUAGAUUAGAAGCUCGUGGGUGUGUUGUUUGUAACAAGGUUCCAGCAUGCCCCAAGUGCCAGACAAACGAGCAGUGUGCCAUGACCACACAAACGUGCGAGCAGUGUCCCACCACAUAUUGCGAGACCAUAGUCAGCUCUUCGAACUCAACAAGUACACAUACGUCGCUCAGUGCAAGCAAGGUUGGAGGGAUUGCAGGUAGUUUAAGUGCGUUAUUUUUCUUGGUGUUUGUAGGUGGCAUAUACCUAUUUUUUAGAAACUACAGGAAAAAAAUGGACGCCGAUUUUGAGUUAGGAAUUGGUGAAGAAAUGAAAGGAUUAGCAGGAUUCGACAAUGACGAGGACGAAGAAACUCCACAUAAACGUGGUUCGGAUGUGAAUCUGCGCCAGUCAAAUAUUCCUAGGAGGCCCAAAAGGGUUGGAUUUGCUGGUGAUGACGAAUCCAAGAGGUAUUCUCAGACCAGUCUGUCUACAGUGACGAAUUCUAUCUUAACCAAGGCGUCGAAUGUGUUAAACAUUGCCUAUGUUCCAGGAGUGACGAGCAGCAGGCCAAGCAGAAACACCCGAGGUAGAGUUGCUCCAUCUAUUUAUAGCCGAGGCAUGAGUAUAUACUCCAAGGAAACAUAUUUUAGCGACCUUGAAAAUGCCUCCUUUCAUGGUGGUAAGGUUGCUACCAAAGGUGGGAACCCUACAUUGGUAGAGAUCCACCAGGAUGACUACAACUUUGACGAGGAUGUAGAUGAGUUGGAUGAAGACGCACCCGAUGAGGGGCUCGUUGAGUUUACAAACGACAAAGAAUCGGUGAGUGCAGACAAUUAUGAGUAUAGUGGUAUUUCCGAUUUCCCUAUUAAAAUUGAUCUACAGAUACCCAAAGGUGAUGCCUCAUACAAACGUCAAACGGUGAAGACGUUUGACGAGGGAGAGGAAGAUGAGUUUGCAGAGGAAGAAGAAGAAGAAGAAGAAGAAGAAGGAGAUAACGGCAUGCACGCCAUGAUAGACAAACCGAGGAGAGACAUUGUCACGACUCAAAGGAGUGUUCCAACACGGUAUGCUUCUUUGAUCGAAAAGAAGAACAUGACAAAGAGGGACACUUUCUUUGCGUCGAAGCCGGAAAUGGUGCCCCCACAGAACCGUGUCAUUGGAGCCAUUGGAGUAUCUGAUUCUGAGAUUGACUCGGAGUCAGACUCCGAUUCAGACGAGGAAAAUAUCGAGUUCUUCCUCCAACAGAAUGCACAGAGCAGCAUGGCCACGAAUUCUGCACCCACUACACUGAAUGGCAAUCCAUUUGCCUCGCAGUACGAUUGA